AUGGAUACCACAUCAACUAAGAGUGGCCGUGAACAAAUGGCAUCGAAAGAUUGUGAUACCAUAGUUCCGGCAGCCAAAUACCAUUCCUCUAGACGAACACCUUGCUCGUGUUCAUCAUCAUCGUCAUCUUCACUCGGAUCUUCGUUUAUCCCGGGAGAUUCGCCUCUCAGUCCCGCUACUCCGCUCCGAUUUUCGGGUGUACCAUUCUCUUGGGAGCAUUCGCCAGGGGUUCCUAAGAAGCUACAAAAUCACAAGAAGAAAGAGUCCACAAAGUUGCUACCAUUACCUCCUCCAGCAACUCCAUCGACCUUGAAAAAGAACGAUUUUGAGGACAUUUUAGCCCGGAAAAAGCAUCCGGAGCUGCCGCUGAGAGUCUCCGUACGGAUCCGUUUUUCGCGGCAAUGA